CAAGCAGUGCUUCUGCUUACGGAGAUGUCAUUAAAACAAAGACAUUUCACAACAUACCUGUCUUAAAAAACACACCAGAAAACACAACUCUCAUACAAAACACAUCUGAAAACACAUCUGAACUUCAGAACAAUUACAUGUCAAUCAAUAUAGUCUGGACAUUAAACACCACCACUGCUGCACCUAGCACAGCGCCUCCCACUACCAGCCCCAUGAUCACACCCUGGAAAGGGGUGGAGCCUCGUGUGUAUGAUGUGUCAUGUGAUGAGACGAUCUGCCCCCCCAACAGUUUCUGCAGUAACGACUACGACAUCGGUGGAUCACGAUGUCACUGCAACCUCGGUCUCCAUGGAGACCACUGCUCCGAAGGUGUGUCAAUCCGGUUUCCAAGGUUUUAUGGAUUUUCUCACAUGACAUUUGAACCCCUAAAGAACUCGUACCAGAUCUUCCAUAUCACUCUGGAGUUCAAGGCGGACUCUGAGGAUGGUUUGCUCUUGUACUGUGGAGAGAAUGAACUUGGUCGAGGAGAUUUCAUGUCUCUUUCUCUGGUGCGCAGGAAACUUAAUUACAGGUUUAACUGUGGCACAGGGGCAGGGCAGAUCAUCAGUGACAGCUCUGUUGUGAUUGGUCAGUGGCACACAGUCACUCUUUUCCGAGACGGAGUUAAUGGCUGGCUACGACUCGACAAUGACACCCCUGUGUUUGGACACUCACUGGGUCACUACACCAAAAUAACGUUCCGUACUUCUCUGUUUGUGGGCGGGGCUCCUAGUGUUUACUGGCUUGUGAAGACAGUGGGAACCAAUCAGGGUUUUCGAGGUUGUGUUCAGAGCCUGUCAAUCAAUGGCAGAUACACUGAUCUGAGACCUUGGCCUCAGGGAUAUGCCCUCAGUGGAGCAGACAUUGGUGAGUGCAGUACCCGUGUGUGUGACAAGGUGGUGUGUGAGCACAAUGGAGUGUGUUUCCCGACUCGUGCAGACAACUACACCUGCCUCUGUCCUCUGGGAUACAGAGGAGUUCACUGUGAGGAGAGCUUCGUGCUGUCUCUGCCUCGCUUCAGCGAGAGUGUGCAGUCAUAUGCCAGUGCCCCUUGGCCUCAGCACCCACAGUCCUAUCUUUCCUUCAUGGAGUUUCACAUUACCUUCAAACCUACCAGUCAGGAUGGGACUCUGCUCUACAGUCAUGAUGAGUACAGUCGUGACUUCCUGUCCAUUGUUCUGGUGGGUGGUUUUCUGGAGUUCCACUUCGACUGUGGCUCUGGAGCUGCCAACAUCAGGAGUGAGCAGCCUGUCAGUUUGAACAUGUGGCAUGAUUUAAGAGUUUCUCGUACUGCUAAAAGUGGAAUGCUGCAGGUGGACAAUCAGCGGCCAGUAGAGGGCAGUGCUGAGGGAGCAUUUACUCAGAUUAAAUGCAGUUCCCCUCUCUAUAUCGGUGGGGUUCCUGAUUACGACUCCACAAAAAUAGGUGCUGGAGUAAUCAGACCAUUCAGUGGAGACAUUCAGAGGAUCACACUGAAUGACCGUGAGGUUGCUGUGGUGACGGGUCAUGUGGUGGGCGUUAAUGUUAUGAACACGCCCCACCCAUGCGUGGAGAACCCAUGUGCUAAUGGAGGAACCUGCAGAGCCAAACGAGAUGAGUACGAGUGUGACUGUACACUGGGGUAUGAUGGAAAACACUGUCAGAAAGAGUGUGGAAACUACUGCUUUAACUCGGUGACUGAAGCAAUUGAAAUUCCUCAGUUUAUGGGACGCAGUUAUCUGACAUAUGACAGUCAAGAGAUUCUUCAAAGGCUAUCUGGUUCUAGGACGAGUGUGUUCUUGCGCUUUAAGAGCUUCUCUAAGGAUGGACUGUUACUGUGGAUAGGAGAGAACCUGAGCCAAACUCACACUGACUAUCUGUCUAUAGGUCUGCAGGACGGAGCACUCACCUUCAGUUAUGACCUGGGCAGUGGGGCUGUGUUUGUUGUGGUUAACGGAACCUUCAGUGAUGGAAAAUGGCACAGAGUGAAAGCAGUCAGGGAAGGGCAGAGUGGGAAGCUGACUGUGGAUGAUUAUGGAUCCGAGCUGGGACGAUCACCUGGCAAGAUGAGACAGCUCAAUCUGAAUGGAGAACUUUACAUAGGUGGGAUGAAGGAGAUUGCUCUUCACAGCACUCGUCAGUACCUGGCAGGUUUAGUUGGCUGUGUUUCACACUUCACUCUGUCCAGUGACUAUCAUGUGUCUCUGGUUGAGGACGCAGCCAAUGGCAAGAACAUUAACACCUGCAGCAACUAACUCACAUCAUUGCUGUCUAACACUGAUUAGGAUUCUGAUGAAGCUUAUGGAAGAUUAGAGAAAUGGUAGAAGCACCAGGAUGAAGCUGUUUGUGGAUUGUUGGUGGAGAUGGAGUUCAGCCCUGUGAUGUGUAAAGUGUGUUAAUGUUUCUGGUUGCACUUCUCUCUCUCUCUCUCUGCAUGAGUUUCUGAUGUCUUUAUUUCCGUUUAUAGAUUUUAGCUAUUGUAAAGUUUUUAUUUUCAUGCCUUUGUGUUUAAACACAUCUCACUCUUGCCAUCUAAUAUGUGACUUAUACCCUGUGUUUAGACUUUGUUUUUUUUCUACAUUCUGACUCUCUCAUACUCUAAGGUAUUAUUUUCUUUCACUUUUUCUUUUCCCUUUUUCCAUUUGAGUGCUGCACCGGGGCAUCAUUUAUGAUGAAUCUAUAGUAGGCGUAUUACAUAUGAUAAAAAUAUCAACACCUUUUACUGCUUAAUUCAUUUUAUAAAAAUAUAAUAUCAUUAUAUAUUUAAUAGUUAUGUUGUGUUAUCUCUCUUAAUACCAGUAAGAAAUGACUAGAGCAGAUUAGUGUUAGGUUAGUAGAGGUGGGGCUUAGUGUGGGGCUAGUGGGGUUUAGUGUGGCUUCAAUUAAAGAAAUAAUAAAACUGGGUUUUAAGUUGCUUGAAAAAAUAAAAAACUGUAACCUUCACUGCUGACCUCACCUGUUUAAUCAGUGUCUGUAUGAAUUUUUUUUUAAAUGCAACA